AUGCACGCGUAUCAACCGCGCGAUUUUGCUCGGGUCCCUAUAUCUCAGGGCUGUGAAGGCUGUACACAGAUCACGACAGAAGCGAUCCCGGAUGAUGCCAUACCACCGCCUUUACCAGGGGAUUCUAUUAACAGUCCACAUAUUACCAUGGCGGAGUUCCCACUCACCCCCAUCCAAAUGGCUACUCCUCAAGCUCCUGAAGAUUCUACUGAAAUCACGCAGGAGGAGUUCACACAUUGUGCUAUCAAAUUGCCUUCGUCUCAGCCAAUUGGCGGCAGCUCGAAAUUUAAAGAGAAGCCCCCACAUUUCGCAAUUCAAGUAUCUUCGCCUGCGGGAUUUGGUAGGGAUUUGGAUUUUAUGAAGAAUUAG